AACCUAAGCCAUUGCGAGGAGACGGAAUCAAAUGCCCAGCUAAGAUAAUUAAAAAUGCAAAGCAGAAGGUAUUUUUGAUUUGCGUUACCUCGCUGGAUUAAAUGUAACGAAUACUAGUGAUACUUCAUACUUCGAUUACUUUCCCUUCAAAAUGUCAUCCGAAGGCCGAACGGCAAGUGAGCCAAUUUCUUCAGUAUUGUUGUACAACCUAAGAUUAAGUAUUCAUGAGAACGAGGAGGCAGCUCGCGAGGCCGAAGCUGAAAAUGCCGAAGCUUUCAUUGAUUCGCCACAAAAUAUGCAACCACCAGGUAACAUUAUGUUAAAUCAAGUCAGAAGAGCUCUGACAUUUGUAUGCGACGAAGAGCAAGCAUCUACAAGUGCCCGUAACGAUGAACCAUCUACCUCCAAUUGUGAUAAUAGGCCACCGAGUAACUCAGCAAAUGUUUUAAGACCAGAAGCAAGGGCGCGCACUAGCAUUCCAUUAGAGAAUGGGCAAUCGAAUUUUCCACCAUCAUCCGUAUACAAUUGGCAAGGAACCAAGGCAACUAUGCGUGAAAGAUUCACAUUCCUCUUCAACAAUGAAAUUCUGUCUGAUGUGAAGUUCAGAGUUGGAAGGGGUACACAGCAAUGCGUAAUUCCAGCUCACAAACUAGUCUUAUCUUCUGGCAGUGCUGUAUUUGACGCUAUGUUCAAUGGCACAUUAGCGACCUCGUCCAAUGAAAUCGAAGUACCUGAUGUAGAGUCAGAAACAUUUUUGGCUAUGCUUUUGUUUCUUUAUACCGAUGAGAUAUCAAUCAAUCCGGACACAGUAAUGGCAACGUUGUACACAGCAAAAAAAUAUGCAGUAUCUUCACUAGAGAAACACUGCGUCGAUUAUUUAAAGAGUAAUUUAACAACGGACAAUGCAUGUUUGCUCCUUGCACAGGCUCGAUUGUUCGACGAGCCUCAAUUGGCUGCUAUUUGUCUUGAUACGAUCGAUAAAUUUACUACUAAUGCAUUAAGCGCCGAUGGAUUCACCGACAUUGAUAUAGAUACGUUAAUCACUGUGUUGCAACGAGACACAUUACGUGUUAGAGAGUCAAAAAUCUUUCAAGCCGUUGUCAGGUGGUCAGAAGCCGAGUGCAUCAGGCAGCAGCUACCAGUAACAUCGGACAACCAGAGGUCUGUUUUAGGCAGAGCUAUUUCACUGGUUCGCUUUCCACUGAUGUCGAUGGAAGAGUUUGCCAUUGGUCCAGCACAGUGUGGACUAUUAACUGACAGAGAAGUCGUUUCGAUAUUCUUGUAUUUCACAUUAAAUCCGAAGCCUCAGGUUGGAUUUGAAGCUAUGCCUCGGUGUCUUAUGAUGGGUAAAGAGCGAACUGUCUGUCGUUUCCAACAAACUGAAAAUCGAUGGGGUUACAAUGGUACUAGUGAUCGAAUUCGCUUUAAUGUGGAUGAGAAAAUAUUUUUAGUGGGAUAUGGAGUUUACGGUUGUGUAUUUGGGCCAGCAGAAUACGAUGUUGUAAUUGAAUUAAUUCAUACCGCUUCCGGAAAAAUAAUUGCUAAAAAUUCAACCAGCUUUAGUUGCGAUGGAUCCAAUUAUACUUAUCGUUUGAUAUUUAAGGAGCCGGUAGAAAUUUUACCAAACACUAUGUAUACAGCUUCUGCUACAUUUCAAGGCCCAGAUUCUCAUUACGGAUCAAAAGGGUUGAGAAGAGUUACGGUGGAUUGUGGAGCUAAACAUGGAAAAGUGAAGUUUUUGUUUAAUUAUGAAGCUGGUGAAAAUAACGGGACGUCGAUCGAAGGAGGACAAAUUCCUGAACUCAUUUUCUAUACAUAAACGUUUAACUUCGAUUGCAAGCUUAUUUCGUUCAAAUAUUUUUGUGGAUUGUCAAACAGUCGAAUAGUCGAUAUGUACCACAAAUUGUACAUUAAUCUUUAAUUGUCAAAAUGUAUACCAUAAUGUGAUAUUCCAAAUAUUAUUAUAAAUUAUUAAUAUAAACUUA